AUGAUCCACGAACUGCUCUUGGCUCUGAGCGGGUACCCAGGGUCCAUUUUCACCUGGAACAAGCGGAGUGGCCUCCAGGUGUCACAGGACUUCCCAUUUCUUCAUCCCAGUGAAACCAGUGUCUUGAAUCGACUCUGCCGGCUGGGCACGGACUACAUUCGCUUUACUGAGUUCAUAGAACAGUACACGGGCCAUGUGCAGCAGCAGGAUCACCAUCCAUCUCAGCAGAGCCAAGGUGGGUCACAUGGAAUCUACCUCAGGGCCUUCUGCACGGGGCUGGAUUCAGUUUUGCAGCCUUACCGCCAAGCACUACUUGAUUUGGAGCAAGAGUUCCUGGCUGACCCCCACCUCUCCAUAUCACAUGUCAAUUACUCCUUAGAUCAGUUCCAGCUCCUUUUCCCCUCUGUGAUGGUUGUAGUAGAACAAAUUAAAAGUCAAAAGAUUCACGGCUGUCAGAUCCUGGAAACAGUAUACAAACACAGCUGUGGAGGUUUGCCUCCUGUUCGCAGUGCACUAGAAAAGAUCCUGGCCGUGUGUCAUGGGGUCAUGUAUAAGCAGCUGUCAGCCUGGAUGUUACACGGGCUCCUCUUGGAUCAGCACGAGGAGUUCUUUAUCAAGCAGGGCCCGUCUUCCGGGAAUGUCAGCGCCCAGCCAGAAGAGGAUGAGGAGGACCUGGGCAUUGGGGGACUGACCGGAAAACAGCUGAGGGAGCUCCAGGACUUGCGCCUGAUAGAGGAGGAGAACAUGCUGGCGCCCUCUCUCAAGCAGUUUUCUCUGCGAGUGGAGAUUCUGCCGUCCUACAUUCCAGCGAGGGUUGCUGAAAAAAUCCUCUUUGUGGGAGAGUCUGUCCAGAUGUUCGAAAAUCAAAAUGUAAACCUGACCAGGAAAGGAUCCAUCCUGAAGAACCAGGAAGACACUUUUGCUGCAGAGUUGCACCGUCUCAAGCAGCAGCCCCUCUUUAGCCUGGUGGACUUUGAGCAGCUGGUGGAUCGUAUUCGCAGUACCGUGGCCGAGCAUCUCUGGAAGCUGAUGGUGGAAGAGUCAGAUUUACUGGGUCAACUGAAGAUCAUUAAAGACUUUUACCUUCUGGGACGUGGAGAACUGUUUCAGGCCUUCAUUGAUACAGCUCAGCACAUGUUAAAAACACCACCCACUGCAGUAACUGAACAUGACGUGAACGUGGCCUUCCAGCAGUCAGCACACAAGGUGCUGCUGGACGACGACAACCUGCUCCCUCUGCUGCACCUGACGAUCGAGUAUCACGGCAAGGAGCACAAAGAUGCUACUCAGGCAAGAGAAGGGCCUUCUAGGGAAACUUCUCCGCGGGAAGCCCCAGCAUCCGGCUGGGCGGCCCUGGGUCUUUCCUACAAAGUGCAGUGGCCACUACACAUUCUCUUCACCCCUGCUGUCCUGGAAAAGUACAAUGUUGUUUUCAAGUAUUUGCUGAGUGUGCGCCGGGUGCAAGCUGAGCUGCAGCACUGCUGGGCCCUACAGAUGCAGCGCAAGCACCUCAAGUCCAACCAGACCGAUGCGGUCAAGUGGCGCCUAAGAAACCACAUGGCAUUCUUGGUGGAUAAUCUUCAGUACUACCUCCAGGUCUACGUGUUGGAGUCUCAGUUCUCACAGCUGCUUCAUCAAAUCAAUUCAACCCGAGACUUUGAAAGCAUCCGACUGGCUCACGACCACUUCCUGAGCAAUCUGCUGGCCCAAUCCUUUAUCCUGUUGAAACCUGUGUUUCACUGCCUGAAUGAAAUCUUAGAUCUCUGCCACAGCUUCUGCUCACUGGUCAGUCAGAACCUGGGCCCACUGGAUGAACGUGGGGCUGCCCAGCUCAGCAUCCUGGUAAAGGGUUUUAGCCGCCAAUCUUCACUCCUAUUCAAGAUUCUCUCCAGUGUUCGCAAUCAUCAGAUCAACUCGGAUUUGGCUCAGCUACUCUUACGACUAGAUUAUAACAAAUAUUACACCCAGGCUGGUGGCACUCUGGGCAGGUAA